CAGCACUAUAGCUAUAAUAAGACCCUUAAUAAGUAAGGGGCAUAGCUAAGGAGUUAACUUCAGCGCAACAUUGAACCCUACCAUCACCAACCCUAACAAAGGGAUUCAAGAUGAGAGGUGCUUCAUUGCCAGUUCAAAGUUUUUGAAUUAUCUGUCAUCUCAAUUAAGUAUUAUUUCUGAGGGAUAACUAAGGAGGGAAAGUGGUUGGUGCGUUUCGCUGCUCCGCCCCUGGAUUCAGCACCAAGGAGAGCUACUGGAGACCGUCUGACACCAUCUACUGGCUGGCGACACUGUUUCAAUAAAAUGUGUAUAUGUACAGAUGGUGGAACUAAAAUAGAUUUAGAUUAAUAUAACAGUAAGUAAUAUAAUAUCAUAAUAUAACUUUAUGAAGUAGGCUUUUGCAGCAGGUAGCAUAAUAAGGGAAUUGGGUUAAUAGGCUAUGACUCUACUCGACAUAUGGGCCAAUAUGCUUUUUUAUUCUGAUUUAUUCUUUAAAUGUCAAUGUUGAACUAUUCAGCAACAUCUAUUACAAUCAUGGAUUAAUGGAUCAAAGGCAAUUCAUGAGGAGGUAAUGCAAUUUAUUUCUGGGAGCCCUUUAAGUGCCAUCGAAACCCCCAAUCAGGAGCGACGGGAUUGGAUAAGGAAGGAACCUAAGUUUAUCUUUCCACUAGAGCGAAUAUUGCAACAUUUGCGGGGGAGCCAUCGUGUUGUGAUCGACGGUGAUGGAAAACAACCUAUGUUUUCUCAACCCCUUCUCCGACUACAAAGGUGCGCUGCACUCAAGCCGAGGCACCGCGGCCAUCGUGUCCACGGUCACUGCCACUGUGGAUAUCAUCCUGAAACAGGUUCCUCUCGACCCUGGCGACUACGACGGCGGGCUGUACGACGGCCCUGCGGGAGUGGCGUACAUGUUAUUCCAUGUCGCUGAAUGCGCGUUGUUUUCCGAGCAGAGAGAUGCGUAUCUCGAGACAGCGAAGCGAAUCAUCGACGCCUCCGUCAGACACGUGGACGCCGACCGAGACGUAAACACGCGGGCCGCCUUUCUUCUCGGCGGGGCUGGGAUUUACGCGGUGGCAGCGAUGAUCUAUAAAGCCAUGGGGCUGGCUGAGUUUGUUAAACCCCUGGCCAAAUUUUGUAACCUGUGGGAGGUUUGCGCGCCCAUUAAUUUCCUUGAGUGUGGCUCAGAUGAACUGUUCGCAGGCCGGACGGGUUACCUGUGUGCUGCCCUCGUUCUCAAACAGAAGCUUGGCUUCGAGAUUCUUAGAAAGGAACAAAUUAAAGCUAUAUGCCACGCCAUCAUUGAUUCUGGAAAACAAUAUGCAAAGAAAAAGAGAAAACCCUUUCCGCUAAUGUACUCAUAUUAUGGAACAGAAUACCUAGGUGCAGCGCAUGGCCUCUCCGCUGUGCUCCAGGUGCUGCUGAGCCACCACGAGGUGCUCAGCCGGCCUGAGAGGGACCUGGUGUGGCAGAGCGUGGACUUCCUCAUGACCCAGGAGCAGAACUGCAACUGGUCCGCCGAGCUGGGAGCCAUCAUCCAGAGGGAGAACCAACUGGUGCACUGGUGCCACGGCGCCCCGGGCAUGGCGUACCUGUUUGCUAAAGCCUAUCUGGUCAACAACAAGCCCCAGUACCUGGACACGUGCAUCCGCAGCGGGGAGCUGGUGUGGCAGAAGGGCCUGCUGAAGAAGGGACCAGGGAUUUGUCAUGGAGUGGCCGGCAGCGCCUACGUCUUCCUCAUGCUCUACCGGCUCACUGGGAACUCCAAAUACAUCUACCGCGCUCAGAGGUUUGCUGAAUUCCUGUUCUCGAAGGAGUUUAAGGCAGGCUCGUGCUCGGUAACCCGUAGUUACAGCCUGUUUGAGGGGUUAUCGGGUACCGUCUGUUUCCUGGUGGAUCUCCUGCAGCCCGACCAAUCAGAAUUCCCGCUUUUCAGCAUCUUUGUGUAAAUGGCCCAAGUCAUGUGACAUUCAGUUAACAGACUCCACCCAUUUGUGGUUUUACAUCUCGUAAUAGAAUGCAUUAAAUAUUUAGGAACGUUAUAAAUACAUAGUGUGUAUAGUUAAAAACAUAUAAUUUCAUACAAACACAAUCAUACCAUAAUCUAUGAAUGAAAUAAAUCCACGGAAUAAGAAUAUAGUCCAUAAUUUCAGAUGGCCUGGAAUAUAAUACAGGUCAUUAUCAUUAUGAAGUAUUAUUAUUACUUAUAUUAUUUACUUAUAUUAAGUAUAAUAAUUAGUAACACAGAGUCAAGAGAAACAUACUUACUCCAGGCGGAUUUGUAGUGUUAAAUUCUAACUAAACAUGUUAACAGAUAUUGCACCGUUACUUACUGUUAAAUGAACCCUAUUAUCUAGUUCCUCUUUGUUGUUAACCUUUUGCCUGGCAUGAACCGGUCACGAGAAAGCAGUGACCCUUAGGUAUAUAUCUGCUUGGAAAAAAUGCAGGAAUCUCUGGCCUUUGUGUAAAUAUUUCCCGGCUCUGAUGUAAGGUCAAACUGCCUAACAGAGGGGGUGCAACUGUGCCCCCUUUCCCUAGUAGCCCCCUGGGGAGGGUCUGAAACUGCUCAGGCCCUCUGCUACAGAAGAAAAUUAUGUAUAACAUAUUUAAUUUCUAGCCGGGAUGUGUUUUUCUUUUAAUACUAGUUGGCGUUUGGAAAGUUAUAAUAGCGAAUCUGCUUUAAUAAACAGUUUCCCAAUGCUAUUCGGGCCUGCUGUGUGCAUUGUCAGAAAGAGCAUAGCCUAUUUAUAUCCUAAACAUGUGCUGGGUUGUUGUUUUUUUAGCUGCAUCUUGCAUAAUUAAGAUGAAUAAAUUCGAUGUUGUGAAUGUA